AAGAACGGACACGCAGAAACUAAACGAAAAAAAGAGGAAAAAAACGACGACGACACACAAGAACAACAAGAACAGCAGUAGCAGUAGCAACAGCAGCAGCAGCAGCAGCAGCAGCAGCAGCAGCAGUAACUAUCACGACAAAGAUAAACAGUUCCGUAAUCGUUAAGGAUCGAAGAAAAAAGAACAAAAUAAUCGUAAAAUACGCGUACGUGGUCUGUUUUAAAAAUAAAAGUUAGCCGAUAUAAAAGAUUCGUUAAUCUCGUGGAAAUGCCGGAAUCAUGCGUUCCUUCUUCGAGGCUAUUAAAACAGCGUGUAACAUCUUCGGAUUGGCGAAAGACUGACGACGACGAGGUCGAGCCGACAAAAUCGAAAACCAAUCGAAUAUAUUUCCCACGAAUAUCAACGUAUUAUAAAAAAGGAAAUAAUCAAUUGCCGUGCCUAACGACGACACGUUCCUGGGAUUUUCCUUACGACUUUUUUCUUACGGCAACUUUUAUGUUAAUCCAUUGAUUGAUUUAAUUAAUUAUCGGAUAUGAAUAGAACGAAUUAAAUGGAAGAAUUAUUAAACGUUUGUUCGAUAAUGAAGAGAAUUUUGGCGAUGUAUUUAAAUAUUUCGUUAUGUCGUGCGUGGACUCGAUUAGAAAGAAAAUUCUUAUCUAAUCUUUAUUGGUAAUCGUAUAUGAAAAAGGGAUAAUAAGUAAUCGAGAUUAGUGGAUCAUUUACGGUAAGAACGGAACGAACAUAGAUAGAUAGAUAGAGAGAGAGAGAGAGAGAGAGAGAGAGAGAGAGAGAGAGAAAGAGAGAGAGAGUAUACAACUAUAAAUAGAUGUUUUCUCGCUUAGAGGAUCAGUCUUAAAAGUUAAAGAAAGAAGGAGAGAGAUAGAUAGAUAGAGAGAGAGAAAGAGAGAGAGAGAGAGAGAGAGAGAGAGACAGAGAGAGAUAGAGAUAGAUAGACACAUAGAUAGAUAGAUAGAGAGAGCAAGAGAGGGAGAGAGAGAGAGAAUACUUCUAAGAAAAUACACGCACGGCGACCAACACGACCUUGUCCGAGUGUCCUUGCUUCAGACGAAGGAUCAUAAGUCAACAGAAAAGACGGGCAGCAGCAAGGUGGUGCGACCUUUGGUAUAUCUAAACAACAGAAAUAGCGGAAGCGAAUCGGAUCGAAGUUGGGUCGAGCGAUCGAGUCUUCUUAGAUAGUGCAAGCAUGUGUUGAAGACCAAGAGAACGUUCUCUAAAGAGUCAAGGAGCUGUAAAGUGACGAAAGGAGAGAAAGAAAGAAAGAGAGAGAGAGAGAGAGAGAGAGAGAGAGAAAGACAGACUCGAGUGAAACUUAUAACUCUUUCGGUGCCUCUUUUUCUUCUUCUUCUUCUUCUUCUUCUUCUUCUUCUUCUUCUUCUCUUUUUUCCUCUCCUCUCAUUUUUUUCCCCCUCUCGCUUCUUCUUUUUUAUCUUCAUUUCACAAGUACAACGAUACCUAAACGAAGAAAAAUUCUUAAGAGCCUAUGAACGUUCUUCGAUUUUAAUCGAUUCGAUCGGUACUUGCUACUUGUUGUUCCUUCUUUUAUGAUUUUUUUUUCCUUUUAUCUUCUUUUCCCCCGCUUAGUAUCAAAUUCCUUUCUUUCUCCUUCUCCUCCUCCUCCUCCUCCUCUUCCUACUCCUUCUUUUUCUUCUUCUUCUUCUUCUUCUUCUUCUUCUACGCAAGGCUCUGCGCGGGUGUGUUUUGAAUUCUUUUUUUAUUUUUUUUUCCGUUUUUCUUUAGUGCUACAAUAGUGUUCACGGAAGUUGUUUAUUGCUAUCACUGCACAGAAAAGAGAAAUAUAUAUAUAUAUAUAUAUAUGUGUGUGCGAAUGUAUAUAUAUAUAUAUAUAUAUAAACGAUAGAUAUUAAUUAUCGAUACAAGAGGCCUGAUUAGUCUCUCUUCGAGAAAAAAAAAAAAAACGCCGACACGUUUACGUCUACCCAGAUAUCUGGGAAUCAUCCUGAGAUGCCUGUUAGACGAGGUCACGUGGCGCCCAGGACAACGAUCAUCGAGACCAUCAUUAGAAAGUUUGAUACUCACGAUCGAAGUUUUUUAGUGGCAAACGCUCAGCAAGGACUAUGCCACAUAAUCUACUGCUCGGACGGUUUUUGCCGGCUGACGGGUUUCUCCAGGGCGGAAGUGAUGCAAAGACCAGCGGUCUGCGAAUUUCUACAUGGACCGAUGACGUCACCUCAUGCAGUCGCAGCCCUGCGCGACGCUCUCGCUGCAGGCGUCGAGAAACACUUCGAGAUCCUCUACUACAGGAAGGAUGGAACCAAAUUCCUAUGCAGCGAGGUGAUAGCAUUGAUAAGGAGCGAGGUGGACGAUAUUUGCCUGCAAAUCAUAAACUUCGAGGAUCUGAGCUCGCAGCCUCCACCACAAGCUGCGAUUCCACCACCGAGUCAGGCCAACAACAGGCUUGUUACGCGCUUCGACAGGGCAAGGGCGUCCUUUCGCGCUGGCCUCUCGAGGACCGGUGUCGUUGGUCCACCGAGGGUCAGAAAUCGGCCAAGAACGACGAGCAACUUACCUCAUCGAGUCGCGGAUGGGACCAUCCUCGACGAGGACGCCUCUGAGAACUGUCCGCUAACAUGUGGUUCACCCACGAUGAUGGAAUCUUGGGGUCCAGGGAGGACUGGUACACCACCACCCUCCCUGCCAGUACCACCAGCUGGAAGCAACAAUGGCGGUGCUACAUCAGUGGCCAGUGCAAAUGUUGUACAACCGAGUACUACAGCUCCUAUUGCAAGUCCCGAGGGUGUCAGCGAUGUCUCGCAGAAGUCGGGAAUAUGGGAAGGUCCGAAUUCAUCGGCAGGUGGGGUUACGGAAGGUGGACCUUCUCGAAGUGUUUCUCAUGCGGCAAGUUUAGAUGCAAUUUCGAGAAAGGCCAUAAAACAGGAUACGACGAGGGCGCCAUGUCGCAGCCUAACCUGCAGCGUUUCAGGCAGAGGUAGCGAACACGUCACCCUCGAGCGAAGGCCAGCAACAGUCGAUAACCUCACCGAAGCAGCGAAACAUUCGAAAAUCUUCCCGGGUGUUGCUUCUGAGAGCGAUCUACAAAAAUGGAGAACGUCCAAGGAUCGAAAAUCACCUUCUCUCAGCCAAAUGGGCCCGGAUUCUAUCAAACACAAAUUCUCUCUGCAGGACAACGGCUCGGCGAAAUAUUUUCAAGGAGCCAUGCAUACGCCAAAUAUGGGUGAAAAAGUUGCACAGGUGUUGUCCCUCGGCGCGGACGUCCUUCCCGAGUACAAACUACAAUCGCCUCGAAUCCACAAGUGGACCAUAUUACAUUACUCGCCCUUCAAAGCGGUCUGGGAUUGGGUGAUACUACUUCUCGUAAUGUAUACAGCCAUAUUCACACCAUAUGUCGCCGCCUUCGUGCUGUCCGAGCCGGAUUAUAACAGCAAGAAGAACAAAAAGUACGGUGACGAUCCGAUCGUCAUCAUAGACUUUAUAGUCGACGUCACAUUCAUCGUGGACAUCAUCAUAAAUUUUCGCACGACUUUCGUCAACAGUAACGAUGAAGUGGUGUCACAUCCUGGAAAGAUAGCCGUCCAUUACUUGAAGGGUUGGUUCAUCAUCGACUUAGUGGCCGCAAUACCCUUCGACCUUCUACUCGUUGGCUCUGAUACGGACGAGCUCGGCUUGGACAAGGACGAGACGACGACCUUGAUCGGACUUCUCAAGACCGCACGUCUUCUACGCUUGGUUAGGGUGGCCAGAAAAAUCGACAGAUACAGCGAAUACGGAGCCGCGGUUUUGCUCCUUUUAAUGGCCAGUUUCGCGCUCAUUGCACAUUGGAUGGCCUGUAUAUGGUAUGCCAUAGGAAAUGCGGAAAGACCGACCUUGAAGAGUAAAGUCGGUUGGUUGGAUAUCCUAGCCAACGACACUCAUCAAUUUUAUUUUCACAACAAUACAGGUGGACCGAGUAUAAAGAGUCGUUAUAUAACAGCACUCUACUUCACAUUCAGCAGUUUAACGUCCGUCGGUUUUGGUAAUGUUGCACCCAAUACGGACGCUGAAAAAAUAUUUACUAUUAUCGUUAUGCUGAUAGGAUCUCUAAUGUACGCCAGUAUCUUUGGCAAUGUAUCGGCGAUCAUACAAAGAUUGUACAGUGGUACAGCAAGAUAUCAUACGCAAAUGCUCAGGGUUAGAGAAUUCAUAAGAUUCCAUCAAAUACCAAAUCCACUUCGACAACGUUUGGAAGAAUAUUUUCAACAUGCCUGGACUUAUACCAACGGGAUUGAUAUGAACAGCGUACUCAAAGGAUUCCCCGAGUGCCUUCAGGCUGACAUUUGUCUUCAUCUCAAUAGAAAUCUGUUAAACAAUUGUAGAGCCUUCGAGGGUGCCAGUCCAGGUUGUUUAAGGGCAUUGUCUUUAAAAUUCAAAACUACGCAUGCACCACCGGGUGACACAUUGGUCCAUCGCGGAGACGUCUUGACGUCCCUUUACUUUAUAUCACGUGGAAGUAUAGAAAUUUUAAAGGACGACAUCGUAAUGGCCAUACUCGGGAAGGACGACAUUUUUGGUGAAAAUCCUUGUAUUUAUCCAACAGUUGGAAAAUCCUCGUGCAACGUUCGUGCUUUGACCUAUUGCGAUCUUCAUAAGAUUCACAGAGACGAUUUACUCGACGUUUUGGCACUUUAUCCUGAAUUUUCAAAUCACUUCAGUCAAAAUCUAGAGAUUACAUUCAAUAUGCGAGAUGAAGAACAAGCCGGUGUUGAUCCAAUGUCAGCAAGGUUUCCUGUCAGCACUCCAACCGACGUCGACGUCGACGCCAGGAGAUUCGCCUUCCGUCCACCAAGAUACCGUCGAGGACCUGGAGGAGGUCCUGGCACCAAUCUUAUCCCUACCGGUCGACAAGAUUCCUUGCAGGACGAUCAAGAAGACUACGACAAAAGUAGCGGCCACGGUAUAUUAGAAUUUAGUACCGACAAAGCUGGUCAAGAUGUUACGCCAUUAAAUUUGGAAUUCGAUGAACCGAAGCAAAGGAGUUCAACAUUGAAUUCUAUUACCGGCAUGCUAACCCAUCUCAAGCGCAGUAUACCGGACCUACGACAGCACAAGAUUCAUCUGCAGCCUCUAACGAGUCAUGAUUACCUCGCCAAACAGAUGACAACGCCAUUGACAAAACAAACACGUAGAAGUUCUGCCACCGGUGAAAGCUGCCUCAGUCAAAAUGCUAUACAUCCAACGUCUACUACAUCCAGUCAUUAUACAACUCCAUCACCGCCACAACAUCCUCAUUCUCAUGGAGACUUUCAAAGUGGACCUGGACGACCUAUUGAAGAAAUAAAUGCUAGGAUAGAUCAAUUGUCGAAGCAAGUGACGUCAUUGGAACACUCAAUGACGGGGGAUAUAAGAUUGAUAUUGACGUUGCUCCAACAGACUCUUAAUUCCUCAAGGGAGAGUUCUAGCAUAGAAAUGAUGCCUGGGACUGCACCAGCAGGUUCUGGUAGACAAACUGGUAGACCACCGGCACUCGUUCAAAGAUCAGCCAGCGAGCCCCAACCACCAACAACUCCAGCCAUUUCGAAUAAUGGAAAUGGAAAGAUCCAACCAAGCACGUCUCAUGGAUUAUUUAGUUCUAGCGUUUCACGAAGGAUUUCGACUUUUUGGAUUUGGAGAAACAAGCAACGUAUCUUAAAAACUGCCGAUGGUGUAGGAGACUUUCGACACGGAAAACUUGUUAGACCAUCGACAAGGGAACCAAUGUCGACAUCAUCGGGAACAUCGAGACUUACAAUGACGUCGGAUACGUCGGCGUUGGCGACUGCCCUUCAGGCAGCAUUGAACGGAAGAGCGGCACCAACGAGAUCACAGAGUCAGCCGGUAGACUUGGCAGUACCUACGACCACCCAACAGGCUCAUCAGCCACACGCUUGGCACAGCCAGCCUGCGGCAUUUAGAAGAGGAGAGUUUAGGAGCGGUAGGUACAGUUCGUUCAACAAACGAUCCGAGCCGGAAGGCGAGGAUCCUUGGACUUGCGUUGUCUCGGUACAAGAACCAAGAAGUGGAAGUUCCCAGAGACCUCGUAGCGGUGAUUCACGUAAGGAUUCAUCCUCAAAUUAUCGUUGUCCGAACGAUCAACAACAAAGGGGAACGGAAAAUGGUGUUAGACAUGUAAUGGCGACAUUACCAGGAGCAACGACGACAACGACGCCUACGACGACGACAACGACGACGGCAUUAGGAUUAGGCGGUAUUGGUUUAGGUCAACAACAACAACAAUCGACCAGCGGAAUAGGAGGAUUAGGAGGAGGUAGUAGUACGAAUGGUAAUGGACAAGAUGGCGUCGUCGUUCAAGGGUCAACGGGUCAACGUCAAGAAUCUUCGAGACAAACCAGCGAAGAUAUAUCGUGGGAAUUUACGAUAAACGAGGCACCAAUAGCAAGACUGGAAUCGUUGGAUGAACUCGAUCAAGAUCAUGGUAGUUAAAGGCUAAGAAUUUAGAAGAUGAGUAAACUAUUUUGGACCAUAAAGAGACGACGACGGCGAUGACGUGCUGUUAUGGAUCUGAAGCUGUUUAAGCUUCUUACUCGUUAUAACAGAGAAAUAAAUAAACGGAGAUAGAGAGAGUGAGAGAGAGAGAGAGAGAGAUAGAUAUAGAUAUAGAGCGAGAGAAAGAGAGUAAAAGAGAGAGAGAGAGAGGAAGAGAGAAUCGCGUUCCCUUAACUCGAAACUUACUUCCGAUUUUUCUCACCGAAGAUGGAUUUUAACGAAUGACCGACAAUGAAAAACAGCGCAAUGACAAAUAAGAAGACAACGUUAAACUCUUUCGAUUACUUUUCUUUUUCUUUUUAAAAAAGAAUGAUAUCUUACUUAUUUGUAUCUCCUUCCAAAAUGACUUUCCGUUAUGUUCUCUCUCUUUUUUUUUCUUCUUCUUCUUUUUCUACUUUCUUUCCGUUUCUUUCUUCUUCUUCCGCUUCUACUCUAGUUUCUAAUCUCAUGAAAAUUCUUUCUAAUCUUCUCUUUUUUAUUUUGGAUAUAAUCCGAAUUGGAUUAUCGUAAUAGAGAAAAGUCCCUCUCUCUCUCUCUCUCUCUCUCUCUCUCUCUCUUUCUCUCUCUUUCUCUCUCUUUCUCUCUCUUUCUCUCUCUUUUUGAUGCUAUUCGCCAUAUCACGAUCACACUUUACAAAGUCAAGAUAAACGAUUCAGAUAAUUACUAUAUACGUACAUGUGUACGUAUUAAUGUAUGUACGAAAGAGAGAGAGAGAGAGAAAGGGAAAGGGAGAGAGAGAAAAAGAGAGAGAAAAAGAGAGAGAACGAAUGAGUCAGAGAGAGAGAGAGAGAGAGAGAAACGGAGAGAUUAUUUAUUUAGAAUAAAUAAAACUGAUUGACGAGCGUUUUAUCGUAUCCAUAAAGGAUAAAUAAUAUAGUUCAUAAAUCGAAAAAAGAGAUAAAGAAAGAGCAACAGAGAGAUAGAAAGAAAAAGAGAAAGAGAAAAAGAGGGAGAGGGAAAAGAGAAAUUAAUGGAAGAAAAACGUAAACGUUAAUGGCACGUCCUUCGAACGAAAUACAUAAAGAAUAUUGUUAAUAAAUAAAUAAAUAAAUAAAUAUAUAUAUGUACUUACGUACAUAUGUAGAUAC